AUUUCAAGUUUUCUCUUCAGAAAUACAAUUUUUUACAAUUAUAAAACAGAAAACCGAGGUUAAAAUUAAGUCAAACCCUAUCAGAUUAAUAAUGGAUCUUAAAAUUAUUGAGUUAUUAGAAGGCAUAACAUAUUAUUUAGACAAAACUGGCUACUUUAGUACACUUGAGAAACAAUUUGAAGAAUUUCAUGUGACAGAUGUGUCAUCUUUCCCUUAUAUAAAAUGUGAUAUACAAAUAGAUUUCCUUAAACUAGGAGUGAUAUCAGUCGAAGUGCAGUGUACCAAUGUCCACUAAAGAGCUGUUCAGGUCAUACUGGAGAAAGAGUAUUCGGAGAAAAGUCUGCCGGCAGCAUCUGCUGCUAUUGCGGCUGUAGCAAAGAGGAAUACUUACGAGCCAGAGAGAACGGAGAUCAAGUCUUAGCUGUAUUUGUAAAUUUAGAUGCCUUCCAGGUGAACUUUCACCGAAAUGAAGGAAUCACAGUUUCACUAAAAGAUAAUCUGAUUAAGGACUUAACCCUUGGAGUAUGCUAUAAUGUGACCGUAAGUCACAAAUGUUCCCGGUUCAUUGCCUGGGGAAUAGAAAGAACAAUUUCUGAAGCUCAGUGGCGAUUUGAUCAUAAUCUACCUGCUGUGGGAAUUCCACAGACUAUCAGAGCUCUGGAGAAAUAUUUGAUAGUGAGGACCUCAAGCCAGUGCCACUGUUGGCAGUAGGACCGGACUGCAGUGUUCUGCUGUACUGUGCCAGUCAGCUGUCCCGACGCUGUGUCUCUGUCACUAGUGCUGCACUCUGUGGUACUCUCGGCGCAACUGCAGGAGAGACGUGGCUUGAGGCUGGUCCUCUACUGCUGGCUUCCGGUGGUGUCUGCUACCUUGGUGACUGGGCCAAGUUUGGCAGCGGAAAAUCCAGUGUGGCCUCACAAAUUACAGCAGUGCUAGAGAGUGGUCGAGUGGACCUGGUGCCACCAUCAGAACCUCUGGUCAGUUCUCCCCCCUCCCUCCCCUUCCAGGCGGCUGUCUGGACAUUCUGGUCUGGAGACAAAGCGACCUCCUGCGCCCAAGCUCAGCUGCGUACACUUAUUGAAGUUUUUGGAAUGCCAUUUAUUGGUGACGGAGGGGCGGAUAUUGAAGUGGUCGCUGACCAUCUUCUCUAUGAAAGCAUGCAGACCAGAACAAGUAAGGUGGAAGGUGCGAUACCAGAACAGGACCUUAAGGAGUACCUCAACAUUGUAUGUUCGUACAAAGUUCAACUAACACCACAAGCAAAGAAGCUGUUAAGAAACUACUUUGUAGCCAGCCGAAGAGAGCGCCCUGAUUGUUUACCUUUAAAUGCUCUAAAAACACUGACCGCUCUAGCAGAAGCUCACGCUCGCCUGUGUUUGCGUACCAUUGUGACCUACGAUGAUGUUGUGUUGGUAGUGUUCCUAUAUGAAGAGUCUAUUGCAGCACUCUAUGGUACUUCACUAAUGUCCCCACCUCCAUCAAUGCUUGGGGCUGAUAGUUCUAAUUUCACAAUUACUGAACAAAUUACACUGACAUUAAAAAACUUCUCAAUGUGGCUGGAUCAGUAUGUCAAAUCGCUCCUGAGCGAGGGUUCAGUCAAUUGCUCCUUGCCAGAAGAAUAACAAUGCUGCUGUUUUGGUGGUUGAGAAUGUUUUCUUGAGAAAACAUUAACAGAAGUUUGAGAGGAAAUAUGCUGAAAUAUAUCUUUAAGUUGUUAAUAGGAGCUUGAUUACCACUGGGUUUUAAUCAUCUCUACCUUUAAAAGUCUAUUAUUUUUUAUAUUUUUUGUAGGUUUUAAAAACUAUUUUCUUUGUGUAUAACUAAGACCGUAGUUUAAUAUUGUGUUUAACUCACUGUCAAGCCGCAAGAUGGUUUCUUAGAUAAAAGACACA